AUGGCUGAAUCUGCUGCGCCCGUCAAGUCUGACGCUCAGGCUCCUGCGGUCGAGUCCCAGGGCCGACCUACUCGCCCCGAUGAGAAGGUCUUCAAUGAGGCUCUCGCAAAGGCUGAGAAAGACCACAAGGCUUCUAUGGACCGAUUGAACGCCAUCAAGGCCAAGAUCGAUAUUGCCAUGCCCAACAAGAACAAGGACCAGCCCAGCCCUACCCAGAAGCGCCGUCAGGAACUCAUCGCCCAGGCCAACGAGAUCCGCCAGAAGCAGGCCGGUGGUAAAACUGCCCGUACCACCAAGCUCGACCAGAUCAAGCGUCUCGACGAGCAGGUCCGCAGCCGUAUCGCCGAGCAGAAGAACGCCAAGGCCAAGGUUUCCUUCAAGAGCGCCGAAGACGUCGACCGCCAGAUUGCUGCCCUGGACAAGGAGGUCAACUCUGGUACCAUGAAGCUUGUCGAUGAGAAGAAGGCCCUGUCCGACAUUUCCAACCUGCGCAAGAUCCGUAAGAACUUUGGCCAAUUCGACGACUCCCAGAAGCAGAUCGACGACCUCCGCGCCAAAAUCAAGGAGAUCAAGGACAGCAUGGAAGACCCCGAGCAAAAGGCCCUUUCUGAGCAGUACAACAAGAUCCAGGCCGAGCUUGACACCAUCAAGGCCGAGCAGGACGAAGCCUACAAGGGUAUUUCCAGCCUUCGCGACGAGCGCUCCAAGCUGCAGGCCGAGCAGCAGGCUAAGUACACUGCCAUCCGCAAGCUCAAGGACGACUACUACGGACAGAAGAAGGCUUUCCAGGCGUUCGAGCGUGAAGCCAGGGAGAAGGCCAAGGCCCGUCGCGAUGCCGAGCGGGAGCAGUACAACCAGGAGAGAAAGAAGGCCGCCGCUGACAAGGCUCUCGCUGAGGCCAGCGACCCUGCUUAUCUCGAGGAGCUUCGCCGUGCCAACAGCCUUCUCCAGUUCCUUGACCCUACCCACAAGGCUGAGGCCAAGGGUCCUCUGACCGCUGCCAGUGGCCUGGGUGCCCAGGCUCAACGAACCGUCGAUGACUCCGCCCUCAAGGGCACCAAGCUGGUUCGCAAGGAGGAUAGGGAUGACGAGUACGCCCCUGCUGUGAAGAAGAGCAAGAAGGGAAAGAAGGCCGGCGCCGCUACUGCUGCCCCCGCCAAGUUCUUCAACUGCCCCCCCUCCGUUGUCGAGGACUGCGCCUUCAUUGGCGUCGAGCCCCCCAUGGGCAGUGCCGAUGUUCCAACCGUGAUUGAAAAGGUCAAGGCCAAGAUUGAGCACUGGAAGAACGACCAGGAGGCUCAGACUCAGCGUAACAUCGAAAAGGCCAAGAAGGAAAUCGAGAGGCUCGAGAAGGAGGAAACCAACGGCAAUAAGGUCGCCGAGGUCACCGAGGGCGUCAAGGACGCUUCCCUCGACGAUAAGCAGGAGUAA